GAACUUGACCAAAACAUCCAACUAUUGCAGGUUGUGAACACGCUUGAUUGAAUUAUUUUGUAAUCUUGUAAUUUUGGUUUCGUAAUUGUAAUAUAACCACGAGACCAAACAUCAUGGAUGAAGAGGACAGAGAAAGACUGAGGCUGAACCAAACGGCAUUAGAAGAGGACUUAAUGCCAAAGGAUGUGUUGCCAUAUUUGUUUCAAGAGGGAAUAUUCACACAGGAUGACUGGGAUGAAAUCUUGGUAGUUGAACCAAAAACAAAUCGCAUGAUAACACGAGAGUUGCUGAGGAGGCUUUCAAAGCGUGGUAAAAAUGCUUACAAAUGCUUUCGACAGGCUCUUGAUGAAUCUGGACAUAGUUUUCUUGGAACAAUUCUUGAUGAAACCAAAGUGGAUAUUGUCCGAAGAGAGGACUGGUUAAAUGGAUUAUCAGAAGAGAUUCUCGAAAGAAUGCCCAAUGAUCAGGAACUAAACAGACUAGCCUGCAACUUAGGGAGUAACUGGGAGCAGAUUGCAGUAUCAUUAGGUCUGAAGAGUGUUCAGAUUGAUCAGCUCAAAAUGCAGUUUGGGAACGGACACAUUCCAUCUUUGAUAUUCAAAAUGUUAUUCAAAUGGAGAAGCAUCAACGGUAAAAAAGCUACAUGGAAGGUUUUGCUCCAAGCUCUGAUGGACUGUGAUGUGGAGAGAUCCCACUAUGAAUCUGUGAUUGUUUCCUAAAAGAAAUUUUAUCUGGAUUUGGAACUUCCAGUGACAUUGUGAAAUUUCCAAGUACAUAUGACUGUAGUGUAGGCCUGUGAUUUGGAAAUCUUUCACUUUGCACUUCACAUAUGAUGAAGAGUGUUUCUCUGCCACCAGGAAAACAAAGGAAAAUUGUUUUAAAUGAGACUGAACCUGUUAUCUGACAACAGUCCCACAGCACCUUUUAUUGUUGAAUUCAUAGUAUGAGAAUAUAAUCAGACAGGUGUGAAAUCAUCAUUACUCUUUUAUACCAU